GCUCCAUGGUCUCAUUCGUCCGGCGACAGACAGCAUAAGAGGAAGAAAGGUUGCGCUCCGAUCCCCAACCGUAGAUAGCCGCGCCGCUGGUCGAGCUUAAUUCGUUCUGUCCCAGCUUAGCUAAGCUGCCGGCAGCGUAAAUAUCUUGCCUAGCUAGCUCCAAGGCAAAGGGUGAAAACAUACAGCAGCCUGCACGCGCGCUGAGGCAAACAAACGUCCAUCGAUCGAUUUCUCUUUGCAGCUGAAAGCCGAUCAAAAAGCUCUAGCCAGCUGAAGAGCUAGUACGUGCUGCUUUGCUUUGCGCCGGCCAUUAAUGGCGGACGGGCAGGUCACGGGCAGCUGGGGAGUGCAGGACGACGGGUGGAGGAAAGGCCCGUGGACCGGCCAGGAGGACAAGCUGCUCCUGGAGCAUGUCAGGCAGCACGGCGACGGGAGGUGGAAUUCCGUCUCCAAGCUCACAGGUCUGAAGAGGAGUGGGAAGAGUUGCAGGCUGCGUUGGGUUAACUACCUGAGACCGGACCUAAAGAGGGGCAAGAUGACUCCCCAGGAGGAGAGCACCAUCGUGCAGCUCCACGCGGUGUGGGGGAAUAGGUGGUCGACGAUCGCGCGCAGCCUCCCCGGCAGGACGGACAACGAGAUCAAGAACUACUGGCGGACGCACUUCAAGAAGGGCAAGCCGUCCAAGAACAUCGAGCGCGCCCGGGCGCGGUUCCUCAAGCAGCGCCGCGAGAUGCAGCAACAACAGCAACAGCAAGAGCAGCAGCAGCAGCAGAGCCUGCUACUGGCAGGCCAGGACAAGGCCGACGCCGCCGAGCUCGCCGGUGCGCGCACGGCCAGCAUCGUCGUCGAGGACGAGCAGAGCGCCGGCGGCAUGGGCGUGGCGACGUCGACGUUGGCCGGAGCCGGACACGAUCACCGCGAGGAACUGAUCAUGCAGGACGUGAUGGAUUUCCUGUGCCCCAUGUCGUGCGUGCUCCAGCUGCAGCACGGCGGCGGGCAGGGCGGAGCGGCCGGGAGCAGCUGCUGCGCGUCGACGAGCGAGGGGUACGGCUCGAGCGAGGAUGACGGGCCGGCCACGUGGGGAAGCCUGUGGAACCUCGAAGAUGUAGUGGUCCAUGACGUCGGCGGUGGGGCAUGGACACUGUGGUAGUUUGCUGGCCAGAUUCCAGGCCGCCGCUAACGCUUGCUAGCUUUGCUUCGCCGAGAGAUCAAAAGAAUGGUCUCAAGAAACUUGCAUGCUCCCUUUUAAUGGCGAAUUAAGAGGGAGGAGAAGAACGAGUACUUAUUGGUGCAUGCUGAAAUGAUGGAAAAUGAUGCAACAACAACAACCGUGCGUACAUCUGCUUUCCAGGAGCCUGAGCCCUGAGUUGAUGACACGUUGAAAAAGCACUGUUGCACUUUUAUCUAGGGAAAACUGAAGAUGAGUUCUUCCUGUUAUAGCACACAUAGCACUAGCAAAGCUCCUGCUUGCUCAAAUGUUAAGGAGAUGAGGGGUAUUAAAAAUGGUUCGUGUGAUAAUAUCAAUCUUCUGAUUUCAUAGCAA